GGGCCCCGACCCCUCCCCCCGGACGCCGGCCGAGAGCGGGACGCGGCGGCGAUGGUGACUGGGCAGCCGCGCGGGGCCGGGUCCUGGGCAGGGAGGCUCGGCAGCCUCUUUCUUUCUCUGCCCCCGCCCCUCUUUCCCCUCGCUGCGUGCUAGCCCCGGCGGCGGCCGAGGUCGGCGCUCUCGCCUCGCCUCCUCCUCCUCUGCUUCCUCCUCCUCCUCCCCCGCCCGGGGACCCUCUCCCCUCCCUCCCUCGCCCCCUCCUCUCGCUGCCUCCUCCCCUCUCCUCUCCCUCCUCCUCCUUCCCCGAGCGGACGGCGGGGCCAGCGAGAGAGGUGUCUGCGAGGAGGCGUAACGGAAAGCCCCGGCUUGGGGAAGACUGCGCGCUCGGAGCCGGGGCCGCCGAGCCGGGGGCCGGGAACACGGAAAGCAGACUCUUGAUUUCACAGCUGGCCCGUGGAUUUCGCCUCUCAUCAAGGAGCUCCUCCUCGAACAGGUGGCGUUUUUCUGAAGUUGUUCAUUGAGACUUCCUAGCAUUCCUGCAGCUAUAAUAGGUGAGGCUGCAGCGCGCCACCCGGACAUGGCAGCAUGACAGCCCCGGACAGCGCUGCCCGACGCCCGGAGAAAGGAGCCCCCGAGCAGCGGCCACUGCCUGCCCAGGCCGCCUGAGCCUCCUUCGCACGCCUUCCCCGCCGCUCGCUGGGCUCGCCUUUACCGUUAACCCCGUGAACUCCUGACUCCUUCCGCCUGAAACAUCAAUAUGUGUCAUGUCAUUGUCACCUGUCGCUCGAUGCUCUGGACCCUCCUGAGUAUUGUGGUGGCUUUUGCCGAACUCAUCGCUUUCAUGAGCGCAGACUGGCUGAUUGGAAAAGCCAAGACCCGCGGCAGCGCCGAGCCCGGAGAGCAGGGUGGGGGCUCCCCGGAGCCCUAUCACCCCACGCUGGGCAUCUAUGCCCGCUGCAUCCGGAACCCCGGCGUGCAGCACUUCCAGCGGGAGACGCUGUGCGGGCCCUACGCCGAGACCUUCGGGGAGAUUGCCAGUGGCUUCUGGCAGGCCACCGCUAUUUUCUUAGCCAUGGGCAUCUUCAUUCUCUGCAUGGUGGCCCUGGUGUCCGUCUUCACCAUGUGCGUGCAGAGCAUCAUGAAGAAAAGUAUUUUCAACGUCUGCGGGCUGCUGCAAGGAAUUGCAGGCCUGUUCCUCAUCCUCGGCCUGAUCCUCUACCCCGCUGGCUGGGGCUGCCAGAAAGCCAUAGGCUACUGCGGACACUAUGCAUCGGCCUACAAACCUGGAGACUGCUCCCUGGGCUGGGCCUUCUACACCGCCAUCGGGGGCACCGUGCUCACCUUCGUCUGUGCCGUCUUCUCCGCACAGGCAGAAAUUGCCACCUCCAGCGACAAAGUACAAGAAGAAAUCGAAGAGGGGAAAAACCUCAUCUGCCUCCUUUAGUGUGGGCAAGACACUAAUGCUGUUUGCUUGCUCGUGUGACUUUGUGAAACAGUUCACGUUUGGUUUCCUCGUUUGAGUCAAGUGAAGAAGAACUAGCCUUUACCUACCAAAGCCACAUUCCACAGCCCUGCGCCUUAACAGGACCCACGACAGGCAGCAUCCAGCUGAGCAGAGGACGGCACGCGAGGGCCUCAGUGCAAAUUCCAAGAGAGGGCGGAUGAAAAGGACAUAAACCCUGACCCAUCGUCAAGUCCUGCCGGACUCCGUCUUGCCCGAGGCUCAGUGAAGGAUGAUGAUCUAAACCAUUGCAGCCGCAGUUUCUCUGGGAACAGAAGAGACUAUGAGCCAGAUUCGCAGGCUGUUUAGAGCGGUGUUUCUGCACAGGUUGGGAGCAUCUCUCCCUCAGUGUGAGGUUUGGGGGCUGGUGUUUCUGUUUCCUCCUGGUCCUUUCCAACUGUCUCAGGCGGAGGCUGCAAGGAAGAGCACACCCUGAUGGGCGCGAGGCUGUGGGCACAGCACGACCCUGUCUCUUGCUGAGCUGGCCAAACAGGUCCGCAGCGACAGUGUGGAGUUCUGUGGUGGGACCUACCCUGGGCGGAAUUCCAGAGUAAGGUGGCUCCACCGAGCUGUCCCUCCAAGAUUUUAGGAAGUUGAGCAAAGAAAGAAUAAGGACCUGUCCGAUCAUGAGAAUCAAAGCCCCAGAUCCUGCCAGUGAAGGCAAGUUGGUUCCCCUUCCUGGCGGCCAGGCCCGGGCUCCUCUUCCCCCUGAGAUCACAUGGUUUUCUUCUACGGUUAGGACUGCACUUUGGCUGCCAAAGGAAACCUCACUCUGCUUCCUCGUUGCAGGGACAGAGGUCCCCAGGCCAGCUGUGGCUCCUUCCCAGGUUGACUGGGCACGCCGGCCAGAGUGGCAGCCUCUGCCAGGAGACCUUUUCCCACUGUGGUGACCGUGCUGGGGUCAGCGCUCUUCUACCCCCAGCGGCGGCAGAACGAGUGACAUUCUGUGCAGAAAAAGGGAGCUGGUCAUGAGGUGAGGUUUUUCUAGUUACGAGUGUUGAUCCUGCCAGCAAACUGUGUAAUGAUACCAUUGAAUUGCUCUAACGGGUGAGUUACAUCAAAGGCUGCAUUCUCAGGAAAGCACAGAGUAGAAAGCUCACGCACAAAUGAGAGCUAGACCAGCUCAGAGCACCCGCCUGCACCUGUUUACAAACAGAGCGGAACGCCACUAUUAAAAUGGAUUCAGGGGCCUUUAGUCUAAUUUCUAUGCAUUACCCAUAUAAUUGAUUCAGGAAAAUGGUAUUAGCCGUCACUUCAGAUUUACGCUGGACUGAUCCAAGCGACCAAAAACAACCUAGUCUGGCCGUAGCUGAGCUUCAUUCAGCAUUGCAGGAUAGAGAAAUCGCCCACUGCAACCGCAGCAGGUGGGGUGGACCUGCCAGAUUUUUGGAAGGAUUAGAAGUAUAAGUCCCUUUGGGCUUACGAAUCUGCUUACUUGAGGGCUUGCUUUGUUUUGAAAAUUUAACAGAUAAUUACAAACCUUGUUUGGGCAAAGUACUAGGUGCUAAGUGCCACCAGGCAUAGUACCCUGAUUCAGACUUUACAGCCCUGCCCUGAGUGAAUCAUCUUACAGCUCAGUGCGUUUAAAACCAGACCUUGCUACAGAACAGCUAAUUGCUUUAUAUGUUCAUGGAAUGGAGCAACUGAGUUUUACUCCAUCUGGCCUCGGGCCCGUGCCAGAAACCAUUUUAUCUCGCAGAUUAAGGGGUGGGGGCGUGGAACAAGGUCUUUAUGAGUUCACCAUCCUUAGACCAAAGUUCAGAAUAAGCCAAUCUAUGACUUUUUUUGAAAAGGGGUAACUUUGUAGCCCCCAUGGCAGCCUGCGCUAAGGGCUCAGGAAACCCCGUACAGAAAUGAAUCACAGCAGCCAAUGGACAGGGUUCCUGUCUGUCUGUGUAUUAAUAUAUGCUAACCAAGGCCUGAUGCCAUGUAGUAGUUACUUUUUAACCCUUGGCAAUAAUUUUCAUUUUUUAAAAAAAAGAAAAGCAAUUCCUGGUGUUCUCAUCGUGGCUACAGUUAACAAACCCGACUAGCAUCCAUGAGGAUGAGGGUUCGAUCCCUAGCCUCGCUCAGUGGGCUGAGGAUCCAGCGUUGCCAGGAGCUGUGGUGUGGGUCGCAGAUGUGGCUCGGAUCCCGCGUGGCUGUGGCUCUGGCCUAGGCUGGAGAGGAUAGCUCCAACUCGACCCCAGCCUGGGAACCUCCAUCUGUCCUAGGAUGUGGGUGGGGCCCUCAAAAGGAAAAAAAAAAAAAAAACAAAGCAAAUUGCCUUCAUCAGGCAAUCUUGAUAAAAAAAACCCAAUAUUGUCUUAAAUUUAUCAUGAGAUGAUUCACUCUACUUUUCCGUCUACAUAAGAUCAAGAAUCCAUUUUCUAACACUCCCUGGACACUUGCACUCUCCUCACAGGCAAGUCAGAGGCCUAGAGGAUUCUCUCGGCGUGUCUGUUGUCUUUAUCCUUAUGUCAUUCUGAUAACGAAAGUCCUAAGUGAAAAUGUGACCUCUCUUGGCCUGAAGAAAGUCACUCGACAGCGUUUAACUUCAUUAGUCUGAAUGCUACAGACCGGGGUUGGGGGUGGGGGGGAACACAUGCACACAAAACCCCAAACCUCUAAAAACUUCUCAAACACUGAUUUAUUGGGCAGAGCAGAAAUGGAAUUUCUCUAGCGGAGAAAGAGUGAAAGGUAAUGUCGGGCUUUUAAACCUUUAGUCCAUCGAGCCCGGCUCGGCCGGGGUAAGUGGAAUGUCAGAAAUAAGCUGGUCUGGACAAAAACUGCAGGGCUGUUUAAAAACCACUGACGAGGAGGAAUGUGUUAGAAAGAAAUAGAUUAAAAGCCAUUAGGCUGCUUGUCGACCCACACCUAUUUUUCUAAUAAAUUUCUAUCAAUCAUGUCAUCGCCUCAGUCUAAAAAUCUACUAUACCUGGACCAUUACUACCACACGAAAAAGUCUUAUUUAUUUUUACCUGCAUUUGCGCUAAAAGUUUGGCCAGGGGCUGGGCUUCUCCAGGACCUCCAUCCAAGAAGACAGAGAUGUUUGGAUUCUGUGGAUUCUUUAAACCUGUGUGCUGAUUCAACAACGUUACGUUACUUGUGUAAGGGUUUGUGUGUAGUUAUCAAACAUCUGUGGUGUACGGAUCUUUGUGAAACAUGUAUUCUGUAAAGUGCCAUAGUCUUUUUUUAUGUGUAGCAUAUUUAAAAAAUAUCUAUGUAUAUUAUACAUACACAAGUCUGUGUGAAAGAUGUGCAAUAACAAAGGUGUAUGUAUGUUUUUUUGGAAACUGGACAGAAGUCGGAACAGAGAUUGGUUCUGUUUUGGCAAAGGAGAGUUUCAACCGUUUGCCUUCAUGGCCUAGUCAUUAACCCAUAACAAUUUUAAUGCUACACAAACCUAUGUGAAGACAAGACUGGUGUGGACUUCUUUUUUCCUGGGUCUAAAUUAAAAUAAUCACUAGAUUUAUGUGAACGUGAAGCCAGCACGCCAGGCCCAGUUAAUGCUAGUCUUUCAUGUGAAAUGUGAAGCUGCCACGUUGCCUCUUUCUGUUCGUGUGAUACCUGGGAGCUGGUACAUAAUCACUAAGGAGCUAUUUGCUAACAUGCUUUGAUAGACCACGUUGAUGCUAGACCACUAUCUAAGGGCUAAUCUCCCCCCUCCUUAGCCAUAAGAGUCUGGCCUAGGACAGACCUCUCUGUGCAAUAACAUGUGGCCACUGGAAAUCCCUGGCCUGCAUUUGUAUGGGGGCAGCAGUGACUCCCAAGGGCCAAAAGAGUUAAAGGCACAACUGGGAUUUCUUCUGAGACUGUGGUGAGACUCCUUCCAAGGCUGGGGGGUCACGAGGUGCUCUGCAGGAACUCAGCACCAGUUGAUAGUCAACAGCCACUUGAGCCAAAUAGAAAAUGGUAUGACCGCUGAUGGACUCCAUUUGAGCCUUCAAAUUUGUGGUUAUCCUCUUAUAUUGUAAACGAAUACAUUGUUUGUCUAGCAUUGAUUAGGUUCCUGUGCAUAUGUAUUUUCACCACAUGCUCCCUUCCCCUCCCCAGAUACGAAUUAAACCCGAUUUUGCAAACGCG